AUGGUGUCUCCUCGUUACUGUACCCGCUCACGCACUGCUGCAGAGGAAACCUCUUCUGAAAGGACUGUGGCUCCUUCUGGACGUCAGCAGAUUGUUGUCCGCCUUCGUCCUCAUGAUGUCGUAGCUGACACCGCUGAGCCCACCGCCUCCUCACCCCUGGCCCGGUUGGCUGAUCCUCUCGCGUCCCCGGUGGUACCUUCCUCUCCAUUGGUGCCACUGUUUCUGGGAAUGGAUGACGACAUGGUUGUCCAGAGUCCUCCUGGCUCUCCUCCCCCUGCUCGUGUUGCACCAGGUCUCUCAGGAGAAGACUACUCUCCGGCCUCUCCUCCUCCUCACGACCUGAACAAGGUUGGUACGAGUCGUCCUGCUCGGGAGCUGACCACUCCUGAGCAUCAAGCCAUGUGGGAAGCUGAGCUGGCUCGCUCCCCCACCCCUCCUCCAACUGCCAACGAAAUAGUCGAUGCCAUCCUGGCUCCUCCUCGUGCUGUCACCCCAGAGUAUCGGUUGAAUGUGCAACCGCUUACUCCUCCUCCUCGCUGGCAUGGUCGCUAG